AUGGGGAACGCGCAGGAGAAACCCUCCGGUAGCGGAGCAGCGCGAUCGGACCAGGCCUCAGCGGGAAGCGGGGCGAGGAGCCGGGGCGGAGGCGGCGCCGACAACCCCCACGGCCAGAGACCCUCGCAGAAGGGGGUGGCCAAUGGCACUCGGACCGGGAUCAACCCGGCCGGGGGAGGACAGGAGGAGCGGGAUAGACCUGCGGAGGACACGAGUUACCUGGACGCUCCUGCCGGGGCCCUUCCUCCUCACCUGGCCCGGUUCAAGAACGAGGGGAACCACCUCUUCAAAAACGGACAGUUCGGAGACGCCCUGGAAAAGUACACACAGGCUAUUUGUGGGUGUGCUGAAGCAGGCAUUGAUAGUCCGGAAGACGUGUGUAUCCUCUACUCCAACAGAGCUGCCUGUUACCUGAAGGACGGAAACAGCAAAGACUGCAUACAGGACUGCACCAAGGCUUUGGAGCUGCAGCCCUACUCCUUGAAGCCCCUGUUGCGCAGGGCCAUGGCCUAUGAGUCACUGGAGCGCUACAAAAUGGCCUACGUGGAUUAUAAGACCGUCCUGCAGAUGGACACCGGGGUGCAGUCGGCUCAUGACAGCGUCCACAGAAUCACUAAGAUGCUGAUCGAGUUGGAAGGGCCCGAGUGGAGAGAGAACCUUCCAGCGAUCCCCGCUGUCCCACUGUCUGUCCAGCUGCAGCACAGAGACAAACCAGUCAGCAUUGAGCUGGCCCAGGCCCGGGCCGCCAGGGCUGUACAGGACGAAGUCCGGAAAAAGGAGUCCCAGUUUACUUUACUGAAACAGAAGGGCAACGAUAUGGUGAAGAACGGCAACUUCCAGGAGGCUCUGGAGAAGUACAGUGAAUGUGUCGCCUUGAAACCAGACGAGUGUUCCCUCUACACAAACAGAGCCAUUUGCUUCCUGAAACUGAAUCGCUUUCAAGAGGCCAAGGAGGACUGUGACUCUGCUCUGCAGCUGGAGCCGGGAAACAAGAAAGCCUUCUACAGACGAGCGCUGGCUCAUAAAGGUUUACAGGACUAUCUGUCAGCCAGCACUGACCUCCAGGAAGUCCUCGCGAUGGAUCCAAACGUCCGGGAGGCCGAGCAGGAGCUGGAGGCGGUGACAGGUUUACUGAGACAGAGUUUGAUGGACAACACUGCACACACACCAAGGGUUUGAUGUUUGUGGAUCAAGAGGCAAAGGAACGAAGCAGAUGUGGACUCUCACUGCACUGUAGCAGCUCUGGAAGAAAAACACUUUUAAAGCCAUCAACCCCGAGUAAGUCCCUCCUGGGACGGGGGGCUCCUCGGAACGACCACCGUCUGAGCUCCGCACCAUCUGCAACGUGUGUUCAAAACCACACCAUAACUUCUGAGCGCACAACCUUACGUAAUGAGGGCAGCUUUGUUUUUAAAAAAAAAAGAAAAGAAAGGCUAUCGUCAUACAACUUGACCUGCUUGCACUAUAAAACCAUUCUCGUUAUGAUGUAAUAUACUGUACAUACAGAUUCAUGUACCAGGCUGCCGAGCACUGUUCUUCGUUUCAGUCAAAUGAGGAAAGAGAGAGAGUGUGUAAUAACGAGUGCCUUAUUGAGAUUUCUACCGGGUUGGGAUGAAAUACGCCAAGAAAGUUCUGCUCUGACUUGUUUUUAAAGACGUUGUGUUUGGUUUCAGAGUGAUUCACUGAGCUCAUGACAAAAUAAAUGAUUUUCAUUGUCAGGAUGACGAAGGCAGAGAAAGAUGCAAAAAGGUCAAUAGGUCGUUAUCUGGUACGUUCUCCACGUGACCAGGGUUCAAACUCUUCCAGCUGCGAUGCAAGACAUGUCACCGUUUACGAUUAUUAUUACAUCUGCUGCUAAUUCAAGAAGACAAGCCAACCACCCACUAUAAACCGCUGACUUCACUGGAAUUAUAAGAUGGGAAAAUAGUCAUUUAAGUUAGAAUAUCCAACCGAAUAGGAGCUCAGUGCAUCCGCUCGGUGUUCAAGUCAAUCAAGAGGUUGUCGCUUUACUGGUUUUAGAUAAAUAUGCUGUUGUGUACUGUACGACUUAACGUAGGUCUCAGGUUCAGUCGUGAAUGUUGACAAAUCUCCUGCUUCACCUGUUAUAACUAAUGUCUCCACAACCUCCCAACUCCAAGGAGUACAAAAGCAACAUGUUCGGGUUGAGUUCACAGAACCCGGCACACAAUCCUGUAAGAACAACAUCCAAACACACUCAGACUCAUUCAUCUCACAGGACAAAACAGUGAGUAUAAACGUCUCCACAGAAACAAAGUAUUGAUUCCACUCCAUGUAAAAGUGUUAAACUCCUGAUGCUUAAGUGGCUGAAGUCGGGGAUUCUGCUUUAAAGUUUAAUGUGUUAAGUUCUUUGGAGCCUAAUUUCAAUCUGAAUUAACUGAACUUAAUAUCAUCAGUUGAGAUCAAUGUUGUCUCCAGUAGCUUUGUUUCCUCCCCUCAGCCUCAGUCUGGCUUGGCUCCCUCGGUCCGAGUUCAAAAUGAUGAACAAUCAUGUGGCUGGUUUAUAGAAAGAUGGAUGACAACCUGAUGAUGUCCACCUCCCUUCCAUUGUACAAAGAUUAACGGACGCCGCCCACUUGUGCUGUUGACAUCAUUUGAAUCCAGAGUCUGCUCAGUAGUGGUCAUGAAGCGGAGCCACAAUUCGUACUCUCAACCAAUAGCAUUGUCUUGGCUGUCAGUCAUGACAGUUUCUCAAAUUUUUGGGCCUGAAAAUAUAAUUAAAACCAAACUUAAUUAACUCGAACACACAUCAGCUUGAUCAGAAUAACCUAAAAGGACAGAAAACCUCUUUAAAGAAAAUGUAUUUGUUGUGUACUUAGAUUUUUAGUUUGGGCCACGUUCCAUCAACUAACAUGGAGGAGGUGUGUGUUAAGGACCAAUGCUGCAGCCAGCCAUCGUGGGGUGGGGGGGGUGAGGUAGAGCUGAUUUGGUAUUGUCCAUCUUUAUAUACCGUCUAUGAUCUGACUGCAUUUUAAAAGCCUCCACACAGAUUGGUUCUGUUUCUGGUAACGCUCACUGUACCUGAUCCGCUCUGGAGUUAACGCAGCUCCGCCCAGUGAUUAACUACGAUUAAAAUCUCCUGUGUGAGGGGGCGGGUUUUCAACAGUGGGAAUGUUCAUACAGCACAAUGUGCCACAGCUUUUAUUUCACGUCUGCUUCCAAAUAUCGACGAUUUCAUGUCCAACCCAAACUUCCUGGUUUUAUCUCCUUUUCUGGUUUUUGAUGUCCAAAUAAAAGCAUACAAAUAACGAAUAUAAGCGAAAACACUUGACAUGAGGCUCCAGUGUUCCAGACAUUGUUUGUCUUGCUUCUUGGAAUGUUAAAGCAUUUACUGUAUGUAAAUAGAUUGAAUGCAGAUGUAAAUAAUAAAGUGCAAUGUGUACGCUUUAA